CAUCUCGUCUUCUCCACAGUCCACACUGUUCACCACCUCUCCCAUCCUCUCUUCGAUCCCCAAAUCCCGAAUUGACCAGCCCAAAUCGUCGCCGCGGCGCAUGGAGUGGACGGCCCCGAAGCCCGCCUCAUCGCCUCCCCUCCUCUGGGACUGGGGAGACCACGCCGCCACGGGCUCGGGCUCCUCCAGCGACGCCCCGGCGCGGCGCGGCGGGAAGGAGCGGGAGGCGAAGCGUGCCAGGGCCGGCGAGGACCGCGGGGGAGGUGAGCUGAGGUGCCAGGUCGAGGGGUGCGGAUUGGACCUCAGCAGGGUCAAGGACUACCACCGUAAGCACCGCGUCUGCGAGGCCCACACCAAGUCCCCCCGCGUCAUCGUCGCCGGCCAGGAGCGCCGGUUCUGCCAGCAGUGCAGCCGAUUCCAUGCGCUGUCAGAGUUUGAUCAGAAGAAGAGGAGCUGCAGGAGGCGUCUGUCUGAUCACAAUGCCCGCCGCCGGAAGCCUCAGCCAGAUGCAUUCACCUUCGCCUCUGCAAAGCUGCCUUCGACAUUGUUUGAUGAUAGGCGGCAAAUAAGUUUUGUCUGGAAUAAAGCUCCUGUUAGCCAUGUAAGACCCUUCACUUCUCCAUGGGACAGCUCAUCUGACUUAAAGCCCCCUUAUGCAAAGGAAAUAAGUGAUGUAUCAACAAAAGUUGGGACAAUUACUGGACAAGUUCAUUUGGAUAAAUCUCACAUGUUCAAUGCUAUUCCAACACUUAGCCAUGGCAAAGAUGAGCCUUGGCCAAUGAAAGGUCUGGACAUGUCUAUAUCUGCUUCAAAAUUCGAUGGAGCAGCGGAUCUUCAGCAUGCUCUCUCUCUUCUGUCAGCCGGCGCUUGUGGACUGCCUGAUUCUGUACAUCAAACAUCUUGCAUUAUCCAAUUCAAUGGUGCCAGCGAGAACAGCAGUGACCUUCAUGUAACGCAUGGCAGGAACUCUGGUCCAGCAUCAUGCGCCGAUGCGCAGCAUAUAGCUGCCCAGCCUCAGUCUCAGCUGUUUCAUUUUACCACAGAUACCGGCAAUACUGUUUAUGAGCCCAGUUUCUUUGGUGUAAACCAGAUAAAUUAACCAUGGAAGACACAUGCCACUUGAUCACUUGGAUGAAUAGCCCUGAAGAUGGUCUGGGCCUGUGCAAGUUCUUCAACCAACCACCGGACAUAAGGAUCUUUGUUAAUGUUAUCUUCAUAUUUAUUGGCCAUACCUGAAUUCAGUUGAACCGAGCUUAGGCCAGCUUAUGUUUAAUAUGCAGUUCCAACCUGUGAUUGACCCAUUUUUUAUGUUCUUUUUGCCCUCUGUGAUGUGAGUGUGACUACUCUGUAACAUUAUAAGUGUGAUACUAUUGUAGUCUCUACUGCCCUGACGAUGUAAACGGUUGGAUAUCUUUGAAGCUGUCCUUGAUGAAUCUGGACAUGUAUUUUGUGUGU